AUGAAAAUACUAAGUUGGAACUGCCGGGGGCUUGGGAACCCCCGGACAGUUCAAGAUCUUCACCUUAUGGUGAAGGAAAGGAAUCCCGGGAUUGUAUUCUUGAUAGAAACAAAGCUGAUGGCUAAAAAACUAGAGGGUAUUAAAAGGAGAAUGAAAUGGGAGGGCUGCUUUGUGAUGGAACCAGUAGGGAGAAAAAGGGGUUUGGUGAUGUUGUGGAGGGAGGAUGUUGAGCUAGAAAUUCUUAAUUACUCACAGCACCAUAUUAGCGCUUACAUUGGCAGAAAGGAUAGAUGGGUGUUGACGGGCUUCUAUAGUCAUCCCGAGGCCAGUAAAAGGAAAGAAACAUGGAGAUUGUUGUCUCUGAUAAAGCCAGUAGAGCAGAUGCCAUGGUGCAUAAUUGGUGAUUUCAAUAAGGUGCUGUCUCAAGAAGAAAAAGAAGGGGGCAUGCCUAGGCCUGAGGUACAGAUGCAAGAGUUUAGACAAGUAUUGGAAGAUAACAGUUUGUUUGACUUAGGAUGGAUGAGAAGUAGAUUUACCUGGAGUAAUAGACAUGAGGAUCAGUCUUUCACUAAGGAGAGGCUUGAUAGGGCCGUGGCUAAUCAUAGCUGGGCCGUGAAUUUUAGAAAUAAUAAGGUGGAUGUCUUAAUAACAAGGCAAUCUGAUCACAAGGCUUUGUUGCUUAGUAUGAACAUGGUUGAUACAGUUUUUAAAAGGAUGAGAAGGGUGUUCAGAUUUGAAGCAAAGUGA